CAUCCUUUGCCUUCCGGCUCUGCUCGGUCCCGGCCGGCCAGUCCCGCCUUGCGCGCCCAUUUCGAGCCCGAGUUUCAAGCUCGACUUUCCAGGCUCGGGAGCCCGGCGCAGAUUUUCGGGGACGGGCUUCUUGGGCAGGGGCUAUGGGGGCGGGCAUGGCGCAGCUCGAGGGUUACUACUUCUCGGCUGCCCUGAGCUGCACCUUUUUAGUGUCCUGCCUCCUCUUCUCCGCCUUCAGCCGGGCGCUGCGAGAGCCCUACAUGGACGAGAUCUUCCACCUGCCGCAGGCGCAGCGCUACUGUGAGGGCCAUUUCUCCCUCUCGCAGUGGGAUCCCAAGAUUACUACAUUACCCGGUUUAUACCUGCUGUCAGUUGGAGUGGUCAAACCUGCCACCUGGAUCUUUGGAUGGUCUGAACAUGUUGUCUGCUCCAUUGGGAUGCUCAGAUUUGUUAAUCUUCUCUUCAGUGUUGGCAACUUCUAUUUACUAUAUUUGCUUUUCCGCAAGGUACAACCUAGACACAAGGCUGCCUCAAGUAUACAGAGAAUCUUGUCAACAUUAACAUUAGCAGUAUUUCCCACACUCUAUUUUUUUAACUUCCUGUAUUAUACAGAAGCAGGAUCCCUGUUUUUUACUCUUUUUUCCUAUUUGAUGUGUCUUUAUGGCAAUCAUAAGACUUCAGCCUUGCUGGGAUUUUGUGGCUUUAUGUUUCGCCAAACGAAUAUCAUCUGGGCCGUCUUCUGCGCAGGGAACGUCGUUGCACAGAAGUUAACUGAAGCUUGGAAAACUGAGCUACAAAAGAAGAAGGAAGAGAGGCUUCCCCCCGUCAAAGGACCGUUUUCAGAAUUCAGGAAAAUUCUUCAGUUUCUUUUGGCUUAUUCCAUGUCCUGGAAGAACUUGAGUAUGCUUUUUCUUUUGACUUGGCCCUACCUCCUCCUAGCGUUCAUGUUUUGUGUUUUUGUGAUAGUUAAUGGUGGAAUUGUUAUUGGCGAUCGGAGUAGUCAUGAAGCCUGUCUACAUUUUCCUCAGCUAUUCUACUUUUUCUCUUUUACUCUGUUUUUUUCCUUUCCUCACUUACUGUCUCCUAGCAAAGUUAAGACUUUUCUUCGCUUAGUUUGGAAACGUAGAAUUCACUUUUUUGUGAUUACGUUAGUCUCUGUAUUUUUAGUUUGGAAAUUCACUUAUGUUCAUCAAUACUUACUAGCAGAUAAUAGACAUUACACGUUCUAUGUGUGGAAAAGAGUUUUUCAAAGAUAUGAAAUUGUGAGAUAUUUGUUAGUUCCAGUCUAUAUAUUUGCUGGUUGGAGUAUAGCUGACUCAUUGAAAUCAAAGUCGAUUUUCUGGAAUUUAAUGUUUUUCGUAUGCUUGUUUUCUGUUACAGUACCUCAGAAACUGCUGGAAUUUCGUUACUUCAUUUUACCUUAUGUUAUUUAUAGGCUUAACAUUCCUCUGCCGCCCACAUCCAAACUUCUUUGUGAACUGGGUUGCUAUGCAAUUGUUAAUUUCCUAACUUUUUAUAUUUUUCUGAACAAGACUUUUCAGUGGUCAGAUAGUCAGGACAUUCAGAGGUUUAUGUGGUAGUAUCAGGGAUAUCUUGAACUCUAAAAAUAGACUUAUUAUUUAGAUUCUUUCUACAAUGAAGAACUGAACAGGUUAAAAUUAUGAACUUUCUUUUAGGUGCAAUGAUGAUCCUCAGAUCACAUCAGAUUUUUUUGUGUUAUAAACAUCAGAUAUAUGUGUUUUAAACAUAUAUAACAAAUCCAAGGAAGUUAAGUGGGAAAGAACUGAGACAAGUUUAAGACUUGCUCUAUAAGCUUAAAUAAUGGAAAGGAAAAUUGUUUACAGUUAUCUCAUGAUAUCUCUGUGAUACUGCUGGCCACUCAAAAGCUUAAAAACUUUUUAUAGAUGCAAGUUUAGGAAAACUGGGCAUGCUUUAUUGUACUGGAACUUAUUUAUUCUCUUCAGAAAGCAAUGGCAGACAAAGUAUUUGAAAAAUAUUUACAAAUGAUCAGGUAAUAUUCUUGAUUGAAAAUUUGCUUAACAUUUCAGUAAAUAUAAUUUUAAUCAUAAGGCAAAAUAGGCUCACAUAGUAAAUGUUAUAAAUUAGAGACUCAUCUGCAUUUGUCUAGGAAUCAAGUUGUUGAUUUUUGUUAAAAAUCUAGUAAUAAUGCUCUUUCACUAAUUCCUAAUAUGAAAUAUAUGAUGGCCAAAGAUUAAUCGUGUUGAGGAUAAUACUUUUUAAAAGAGAUUUUCUUUCUAAAAUAUGUUGCUGUAUUAGUUUCUAUGGCUGCCGUAACAAAUUACCACUAACUACUUGGUAAAAAAAAAAAUUCUUUCACAGUUCCAGAGGGCAAAAAUCUAAAAUUAAGGUGUCGGCAGGGUUGGUUCCUUCUGGAGGCACUGAGCGAGAAUCCAUCUCCUGCCUCUCUCCUCGCUUCUGGUGGCUGUCACUGCAAUCCUUAGUGUUCCUUGCUUUACAGAUGCAUCAUUCCAGUCUCCGCCUCUGUCUUCACAUGGCCUUUCCGUCUGUCCUCUCUUCUUUUUCUUAUAAGGACAAUGUCAUUGGAUUUAGGACCCACCCUAAAUCCUAAUCCAGGAUGGACUGGUGUUGGGAUCCUUAAUUAUAUCUACAAAGACCCUUUUUCCAAACAAGUUUGCAUUUACAGGAUUCAAGUAGACACAUCUUUUUGUGGGACACUUUUCAACUCACUAAAAGUUACCAAAGGAGAUUUUAGGAUAAAACUUAUAGGAAAUAAUUUCUUUGCUGGUAUAUUUUAAAUAAAAUUAUAUCUUUACUGAGAGGAUAAAAACAAAUGACUUCGAAGGUCACAUAAUCUAAAACUAAAGGUAACUGGUGUUUGAUUUCAUUAUCCAAAAAAAGUUAGAAUUGAAAGGAAGUUUAGAAAUCAUUUGAUCUAGUGUUAUUUUGUUGAUUAGGAAAUAACUACUCGGGUAGGAAUUUUUUGUGUUGGUCUGUGGAUUCUGUGUCUGCUAUUUAAGUGCGUUCGUUGGGUUAUCCUUCCAUCACAGAAGAGUAUUAUUUGCACAUGUUAACUUUGACAAAUAACAGAACUGCCAAUAGAAUUCAUCUUUUAAUCUAAUUUUAUGUUUGUAAACUUUUUAAAAUACCUGUGAACAAAUUACUUUGUCUUCAUUGUUGGAUUGUGUGUUCUCUGAAUUUUAAAUAAUGAGUGGAUUUGGAAGGUAUUCUGCAUUUGGAAAUAUAAAAUUGUGUACAGGUGAAAAUUACAAGUAUAGCCUUGAGUAAUAAAUAGAGAGCAGUCUCUUGUUGUACUGCGGUCAGUACUUAGAAGGAGAUUGACUCUUUAGUUAGAACAGUGAUUGUAGGACGUUUUUACCCAAACUUUUUUUUUUUUAUUAGUCAAGAAAGCACACUCAAGGAAAUUAUUUUAUAAUGGAGAUCUGAGUUCCAAGAAGUCAAAAUUGAAAAAAUUGUGUAGUCUAGGGAAAACAACUUUCUUGUCUGAUACUAUUAAAUGCAAGGCUUUUGUGUUUAGGAAUGUUUCUGAGACAAAAAACUUUUUCUCUCUACUCUAAUCUGGUAAAAAUGAGGACACCAUUCCACCCUAUUGCUUGGGGGAAAUCACUGUUCCAAUUCAUUUUUAAGUUUUGAGUCCUUGCUAUUUUAAGAGGUGUUUUAGAGAAAGUCUGCAUUCAGAGGGAACCAGGUUAGUCUUCCAUGUUGUCCACGGAGCACAUGAAAUGCAGUAUUUAACAUUUUAGAAAAGAAUGCUGUGAAUUAAAAGGUGCUAUAGAGUGUUGCUUUUAGAAACAUCCUACAUUCUAUUUGUGUUUUGAAUAUUUUUCAAGAGUUAUCAAAUAGAUACUUUUGACAUGAAUUUUUAAAAAAUUAGUUUAAUUUGUUGAUUAAAAGGUGAUUAUAAAAAAAGGUUAACAACCUAGAGACCCUGUGGAACCUUGCAAUUAUUGUUAUUAAAGUCUGUCAGCAGGAUUAUUUUCAAAAGUAUCAUAAAAAGAUUUAGUCCAUAAACUUUAUAGGCCCAGUAAUAAGUCUUUUUGAACUUUUCUGCUAUCAAUAUAGAGUAUUAUCUAGUUUGAAUUUAACUGCCAUCUGGGCUUGACUUUAUUUUUUCUUUAUAAUUGUCUGAAGACAGGAGAGGAGAAGAAAAGAGAUCCUCAGUUUUUAUUUAUACCCUCUAAAUAGUGGACUGUUAUUUUAGACUGACUUUUAAGCGAAAUAGUCAUAUAAAGAAAUAAAUUCAUGUUCAUUAACUUAGCAUUAUCUUUGAAGCAAUUAGAAUUUCCUUAGAAAGUGAAACAAGCAAAGUGUCAUGCAAAUAAUAUGAAAAAGUUUUUUCUAAUGGAAAUUUAAAUAUGACUUAGGAACCAUGAGAUUGUAGAAAAAGCAUUUAACAUGAGAGUUAGGAUUUCUGUAUUCGAUUGUGGUUCUAGAAUCGAUAAGGCAAGUGGUUAAAUCUUGGGUUCUCAUUUCAAAUGAGAAUGGUAUUUGUCCUGCAGAUACUAGUCAGUGCCUGACACAUGUCUGACUUAUUUCAAAAGAAUUCAGGGCCUACCAUAUAUCCAUAAAGUUCAUAAAAAUAUAAUAAAUAUUGGGUAAGUGUAUACCGAAUGAAGUUUUUACUAUAGAAUUAAGAGCAUAUCCUAGAAAAAAAAUACUAAAUGGUCAUAAGCUAAUUUUAGGAAAUAAAUCAUGUUUCAUAAUGAGAGCCCUUCUAACCCUGUUCUGCCUAAAUUUUCUAACCUAGUUUUUAAAAUUUUUAUUUACUACAGUGUUUAAUACUUACACAUAUAUUUACUUGUAAAUAUGUUAUAAGUUGUUUUAUAAUAGGAUGUGAUUUCAAAAUUAUUGCUGUUUAUUUAAAAUAAGAAAAAUAAGUAAUCUUUAACCAUUAAAUUCUAAUAGUAGUAGAACUCUUGAUGGUUAUUAUACUUUUAAGGGAAAAGAGAUUUCAACCAAUUAUGAGUAUUUUCUGUUAUUUUAGUUAGGCUGCAUUUUACUACUUUAGGGAUAAAUAAUCUUUUGUUUAGGGUACUUUUUAUGUAUUUAAAUGUUGACAAUAAGACAAACAUUUCUGAUAUGCUAAAACUUGUAUAGCUGAAAAAAUUAUAUUAAAAAUUGACAGAUUGAAGAUAUAUUUUUUACACAUAUCUGUGAAUCCAACUCUAAAUUCUUCAACAUUGGGAAACAGUUAUUUCUUGGGUAAGAAAUUUUGUCACAGUGCAGUAAUACAGUAAUAUCUUUAUAUCGUGCUUUUUUGAAAAUGUGCAUUUGGUGAAUUUAAUGUUAAUUUGAGCUCAGUGUAUCACCAUCAGACCAAAAAAGAUCAUGGUAUUUUGUUGACCAGAGAACAAUCAAACAUUAUGUUGAUUUUUCAUACCGACUGAAACUUAAGUCGAUUUAGUUCAGGUGAACUAGGUAUGUGUGUGUGUGGCACAUAUAAAAUGAGGAAGAGAGGGCGGAAAGGUAAUAGUAACAAUAAUGAUUGCUAUCAUUUAUUGAGCACCUGUGAUAUUCUAGGCAUUAUAUUGGCUGAUUUACAAAUAUUGUCUCAUUUGAUCCUACUCAUAUUCCUAUGAGGCAGGUGUUGAUUUCUAUUUGCUGGAGAAGCUGGAGGUCAAGGUCAGGUAACUUGCCCGAAGUCAACACUGUCACUUAACAUAGAUGGAUCUGACUUUGAGUUUUUGACUGCUACUUCACCUCACAGUAAAAGUCUUUCAUUAAGAGAAGUAGAAUAUGGAGAGAGAAGUGAUAAUCUGUCUUUACUCUGCAUUAGCCAGACUAUUCAUGGCAUAUUAUUUUUUGUAUUGGGUAUAGUCAUUUUUAGAAAUACUAGAAACUGUUCAAAGGAGCAUGAAAGGAUAAUGAGUAUUUAUAAUUGUGUUGCAAGAGAAAUGGCGAAAAGAAUAGAUAGGAUGUUUUACCUGGAGAAGCAGAGAUCCUGUAAUUUGGUAAGUUCUCAUAAUUGAAGAAUAAUUUUUUGGAAGAAGGAUUGGACUAUUCUAUAUGCCUUGAAGUAUAAAUCCAGGGCCAGCAGAUUUCAACCCAUUUUCUAAUUGUUUAGUCUGCAGGGUAAUGGACCCAGAAGAAAAGUAAGUUUGCCUGCUCCCUGGAGGCAAGAUUUCUAGCAUCUGGGAUGCUUCAGAGGAGAUUCAGAUAGCAAGUAGGUAGUCAGAGUAAAAUGGCUUUUUAAGAUGCCUCACAACCCUAGGAUUUGAAAUUCAUAAGUUUGUUACACCUAAUAUUUUUUGCAUUAAUUUAUAAGCCAUGGUGAAGUAUUUCUGGCGACUUGCAUGAUGUCUUCAGUAUAUUUUAAAUUUCUGAACAAAAACUGCUUGAACUCUGUUACCUUGUUUGAGAAACAAAUUUGAGAUACACAACUUAGUAAGCGGUAUUUUUAGCUAUAGUGUUUGAGAGUACUGCUAAUAUAGUAUUUAAUUUGUUUUCUGGUUUUUUAAUCCCCUUUACAUUAGUCAAGAGAAUGUGCUUCUAUUUGAAAACAUUUUUUCCCUUAAAGAUAAAUAGCGUAAGCACUAUCUAUAAAAUUUUUUUAAAUACGGUAUCCACUAGGUGGUGAUAAUGUGCUACAUUUCCAAGUGUUCUUGUAAUCAAACUUUCUUAUUAGUCUGAGUUGACUUUUUUAUACUUUUAAGUUUUGAACCACAAAGUAAUUUAUAGCAUCUAUGUCUAUUUAUUAUAAUGUUAUUAAAAAUGGCUCCUGUUGUAUGAAGCUAAGAUAAAUGUAAAAAA